AGGAAACAAUGGCACAGGUCAACAAGCAAGAGAAAUAUGACCGUCAAUUGCGACUUUGGGCAAAUAACGGUCAGUCCAGUCUAGAGUCUGCAAGCAUACUAGUCAUAGAACCAACAAUCACAACAUUGGAAUUACUAAAGAAUUUGGUGCUACCAGGUAUAGGCCAUUUCACAAUAGUGGGCGUUGAUAAAGACAUUGAUGAAGAUGAUUUGAGCAAUAACUUCUACCUCAGUGAUGAUGAUAUAGGUAAAUCCAAAAUUGAUAUCAUGGCUGCUAAUCUAAGAGAAUUAAAUACUGAUGUGGAAAGCUCAGCGUUUAAAGUGGAUUCAAUAGAUUUGUUUUUAGCAACCCAGGAGGACAAGUUUUGGACGAAUUAUGAUUUGGUUGUUAUGAACUGGCAAAUCCCUUCCAUUAUUGAAAAAUUGGAUCAAUUGAAUGUCCCAUUGUUUGUUAUAAACUCUAUUGGGUUCUACGGUUAUAUCAGAAUUUUCAAACCAACUUUUGAAAUUUAUGAGACACAUCCUCAAAGUAUGAUUGAUCUAAGGAUCCUUUCACCUUGGGACGAGUUGAUUGAUUAUUCCAAUUCAAUUGAUUUACACAACUUGGAUAUAGAGCAACAUUCUCAAAUCCCCUAUUUAAUCAUUCAAUUGAAGGCAUUACAAGAAUGGAGUUCAAAGCAUAACGGGGAAAUACCAAACACUUCAGUAGAGAAGAAGGAAUUCAAAGACUUGUUGAGAAGCUGGAAAAAAGAAUACAAUGAGUUAAACUUUGAUGAAGCUAUAGAUAACAGUCACAAAAUCUUCAAUAAAACAAAAUAUCAAUCAAAUGUUCAGGAGAUAUUUGACAAGACUGAUGAAUACUUCAACGAUGAUCACAAGAGAACUCAUUUCUGGAUUUUGGUUAAGGCAUUGAAGGAAUUCUCUUUACAAAAUGAUGGGUUCUUACCACUCUCAGGUGAAUUACCAGAUAUGGAUUCAACAACUGAAAAUUACAUCACAUUACAAAACAUUUACAAGGCAAAAGCUCAAAAGGAUCUAGAAUCAUUUACAAAAAUUUUACUAAAAGUGCAAGAAUCACUUCCAUUACCUGUUACAAUUCCUAAAGAAACCAUAUCCAGUUUUGUUAAACAUUCUAAAUUUUUGUUCUUUGCCCAAAAUUCCAAAACUUUAAUCACGAAUAAUUUUAAUCAAAUUGUUGGUGAAGAAACCACAAGUUCACAAAUACUUUUAUCAUUCUUGGUGUAUGAAAAAUAUUACUUAACAAAAGGUAAAUAUCCAAAAUUACAAGACCUGGAUGAAUUAAUCAACCUAACUCAUGAUUUCAUAGCCACAGAUAGUGACAAAUUACACAAUACAUUGCAUGAAUUGGCAAGAAGUGAAGGACAAGAAUUAAACAAUAUAGCUUCAUUCAUUGGUGGAAUUGGUGGUCAAGAAGCUAUCAAAAUCAUCACUUCACAAUACAUCCCGUUAGUUAACACGAUGGUUUAUGAUGGUAUCAGAAGUGUCACUGAAAGAUGGAAACUGGACUGA